AUGCCGCGCGCCUUUUCCACGUCGGUGGUCUUCCCCUGUGCGUUUGCGCAGGCGGCGACAGCGGUAUGGUUUAAAUACCCCAAUCCCUUUGCGGAGCACGUCCAGUCGAUCGAUGUGCUGAACCGCACGAUCUGCCCCCACACUGGCGUACUGCGGACCGAGCGCAUUAUGACGGUCGAGCAGAGCACGCCGAAGUGGAUCAAGCAGAUCCUCGGCAUUGAUGGCGCGACGUACGUGCGUGAGGUGAUCACCGUCGAUCCCCACGUGCCAGCGGUGCGCAUGGAUAGCACCAACCUAUCCUACAGCGAGUACCUGCUCGUGAAAGAGAAUAUCCAGUACCUCCCGGUAGACGCGGAGGGUGCGCAACAUACCCGCUUUGACCAGGCUGCCGAUAUCGACUGCCACGGCCUCACCAAAGACUCGGACAGGGGCCUGGGCCUCCUUGCGCGCGCCGGCCGCGGCGUCGAAGACGCGAGCUACGCGCGCUUCCGCGAGAACGCCGGCCGCGGGCGGUCGGGUUUUGCGCAUGUGCUCGCGAUGCUGUACGGCAGCGCCACCGAGCCCCCGAAAGAGCAAUACGAGCCCAAGGUAGUAGGCUAG